AUGUGCAGAGGAAGUUAUCUACAGCAAAAAGCAAACGUGGAAUGGAGUAGAAGGGGGACAAAUCUGUUGCAGGAGAUUUUGCCUGCUGGCUGCCAGAACAGCAGCUGUGAGCCUGAUCAAAAGAAGGGAGAGCAUUUUCACAGCAGACAGUCUGCCAAGAUGAUUGGAAAAAAUGCUUUUAAAAAAUCCCUGCUGUUAAAUGAGUAUUCCUAUGUGAAAUUAAACGCAAAUGACCAAAAAGGCAUCAAAGUGGUCCAGUUCAUACGAGUGAUUUCAAUAGUUGUGUUUGUUGUCCUGAUGGCUAUUUACAUCAUAAAACCAGUCAACAUAGAUUUUCCAAAGGACAAAGAAACCAUUAUCAGCAGUUACCAGCAGGUGAAGGAGCAAGGACUCUUUGGAGAGAUCUUGGAAGACAAGACGAUUAAUGAAGACAAUGUCAAUAGAUGUAAUGAUUCAUGCAAUUUUGAACUUGUGGAAAGUAUUCCUUAUGACAUGCCUUAUGAGACAAAUAGCACCACUGUAAAACCCUUGUACCAAGCAUGGAUGGGCCUCCUCAACAUGGCACAGGAAAGAAUUCAUGUGGCUUCUUACUACUGGUCUCUCACAGGAGAAGAUACACAUGUAAAUGACUCAUCUUCUGAAGAGGGUGAAGAUAUUCUGAAGAAGUUUGAAAGUUUACUUAUGGAGAAUGUCUCAGUGUAUAUUGCAACAAGCCUGCCAACUUUAGCUGUAAAUUCAACUGAUCUUAAGGUUUUGAAGAAAAAAGGGGCUCAUGUAAGAAGGGUCAAUUUUGGACAUUUGACAAAAGGUGUGCUGCAUUCCAAAUUCUGGAUUGUAGACAUGAAACACAUGUAUAUUGGCAGUGCAAAUAUGGACUGGAGGUCAUUUUCUCAGGUGAAAGAAGUUGGUGCUGUGAUAUACAACUGCAGCUGCUUAGCCAAUGAUCUGUGGAAAACGUUCAGAACAUACUGGGAUCUUGGGCAUGCUAAUGCCACCAUUCCCUCUCCAUGGCCGAGCAAUUACUCCACCAAAAUUAACAAGUGUAGGCCUCUGGACGUGCAGUUUAAUGGAACCUUGACAACAGCCUAUUUUUCUGCCUCUCCUCCUGCGUUUUGCCCAAAGGGUCGUACUCACGACCUCAUUUCUAUUAUUGACGUUAUAAAUGAUGCAGAAGAAUAUGUGUAUAUCUCAGUCAUGGAGUAUUUUCCUACAACCCGCUUCAGACACCCAGCAAAAUACUGGCCAGACAUUGACAAUGCUCUGAGACGUGUGGCAUUCAACCACAAUGUACAAAUCAGGCUUUUGAUCAGCUGCUGGCUCCACACUGACCCGUCCAUGUUCCAUUAUUUGCAGUCACUUCGUGCUCUCAGUGAUCCACAUACCAACAUCACCAUCGAUGUGAAAAUCUUCAUUGUUCCAGUUCUGAAUCACACAAACAUCCCUUUCGGGAGAGUGAACCACCACAAAUAUAUGGUCACUGAUAAAGUGGCGUAUAUUGGGACUUCCAAUUGGUCAAAAGAUUACUUUAGUAAUACAGCUGGAGUUGGAUUGAUUGUUAACCAGACUUCAACAGAUCCUCAAAGAAAGAAGCCAGUUAUACAGGAACAAUUAAAAAAUCUUUUUGAACGAGACUGGAAUUCCAAAUAUUCAGUAAAUAUGGAAGAUCUACAUGGGCAGAAAGACUGUGCCUGGGAAGAGGGAUUAAGUUACUUAUAAAGUUCAACAUUUUUCUUUCUAUUUGAAAUAUAAUAUACACAAAAUACAUAGUUUAUUUUUUAUUAUUUGUCAAAUAAAUAAUUUCCUACUGGUAUGGCCCACUGCUUAAUGUUCUGGACGCAUAGUUCAAUAUACCUGUAUAAUCAAAUAAUUUUUGGCAGUUAAUAUGUGAAAUAUUUGUAUAUUUGUCUGGGACAGCAUUAGGCAUGGGCCACAUAAGCAGCAACCCAGGGCACAAUAAGGACCAGAUUUAAUCACCUAAAGAUGCAGAUUCAUAGAUUACAAGGUCAGAAGGGACC